AGAAACUUUGGAUCAAAGCAUAUUAUACGGAAGUAUAGCCACCAGUGUACAUGGAAAUCCCCUUAUUACAUGUAGUUACGUACAUGUACUAUUCAUUCGCAGUAUCAGGAAGUAAAAGUACUCUUAUUUUCAUGUAGGUCACUGACAACAACACAAGGGAAGCGAUACAUACUGGAAGAAAUCGUCUCAGACUGAAUACAGUCAGCAGAUCGACAAGAAGCAUGGCGACAACACUGCAAAUGUUGAUGUUAGUGACUGCAAUGGUUACACUAUCCCACCAGCAAGAAAAGACACAAGUGAUGCCAAAGAUUGCCUAUGAGAACUGCGGACCACCAUUCAACUUGACCAUAUUUCCCAACCCACCAAAAGUCAGACAAGUACUCAACAUUACCGUCGAAAUUGUAGCAGCUCAUGAUAUGGUUGCUGGAGUCCUAGAAGCCUACAUGAACUAUUGGCCGUAUCACUACAAAGAUGUCUACUGCGCUGAUGGUAAAACAAUCGAUCCUAAAGGUUGCUACGUCACAAAGGGAGAAAAGAGAGUGAUUUCUGACAUCAUCUGGAUCGAUGAUAACUUCAAGGAGAUGGACUAUAAAGGAAACGCAACCAUCCGUAAUGAGAGAGAUGAGCUGAUGAUCUGCAUUAGGGCUUGGAUGGAAUAAAGUAGUACAUGCUUAAGAUAAACUUGACCAGUAAACAGGUGGCAAUGGAUUAAUGAAUCAGAAAUUGGUUGGUUUUUCAGCAAGAACGGCCGGUCAGAAUCAGAUUUUACGGUCAUGAGCUACAAGUCAAGAGAGAUAAUAAACUUUUUUAUCCGAUUUAUAUUAUCUAUUUCCAAAUCUUCCAGGGAAAGCUUAUCUAAUGAAACAAAUCAAAAGCUGCUGCUUCUUUAAUUGACUAGUUUUAAUUGUAUGUCCCUCACAGCUGUUCAGUAAAAAAAAUAAAUAAAAUUAAGCUGCGUAAUUUAUGCGUAACCGUUUGGUGUUAGUUGUGUGCCUCUGUAAUCAUUAAGCAGGUGAUCUCCAAAAGCUGCUUGAUAGAUAAAACCUUUGCAAAACUUCAUACUAAAAUCAAAAUCAUAACUUAAAUGUGUUCUGAGCUCUAAAGCGCCCAUCUUACAGUAACAACAUCUUGUUCUAAUUUUAAUUAAUAUUGAUUUAUGAGUGUUUUGGGAAUUCUGUAUUUACCUGUUCAUGUACGACUUUACCAAUUGCUACUGCUAUUGCAUCGCAAAAGCAACUGGUAAUUUUUUACUCACUUUUGCUCUAAAUUGGUGUAGAUAAGAACAUCCCAACUUCUCGUCACAAGGUACUCAACAGUUGGGUAAAUCUUUUGGAAAAUGACCAGUUAAGUUUUAUAUUAAACACGACCAACAUUUGAUAUUUACAAGUAGCUACAGUAUGCCAACCUUUUAUGCCCUUUUUUAUCACUCCGAAGUGUCCUUUAAUUUGUUGAGUUUAUUCAGUUCAAUUCAUUCCAAAGUGGAGGCUCAAGAACUAAGAACGCACAGUUCACAGUUGUUACUGAUAUUAAAUCAUGUAGGAUGAGCAGGAAACUUAAUGAUCAUGCAUGGCACUUUGGUUUGCUGAUCUCGCUGCAGGUUUCAUUUUUGUUAAUGCUUGUAACUUCUUUCAGUAGGUGUCAGAUGUUGUGAAUCCGUAAUUUAUACAUCUUGUAUUGAACAAUUCUCUAGUUCGACUGACAAAAAAAAUGCAGAUAUUUCUGAAAGACAGAAGUAGUAUCUCCUGAUUGCUGAACGGUUUUGACAGGGUUCCUGUGACAAGAUAUAUCUUGCCAUAGUAAAGCAAGCUAGAUUAUCAAAACACUCCAACUCUUACUGACACGUUAAUUUUCAUCAGUAAAGUUUGCUGGGAUGUACAUGUAAAGGCACAAAGACUCCACUGCACAUUAAAAUAAUUUGCUCAUGCACAGUAAA